GAGGCCCAGGAAGUUAUUAAGUUCUGGACAGAUACACAGCCGUUCUUUUGGGUCUAUGUUGGCAUCUCAAAUACCAUUUCUAAUGAAGUAUUUGAAACUAUUGACGGUAAUCCAAUAGAAGAUGUAUAAUGGAAGGCUGUGUUACAUUGAACAAAGAAGGAAAAUUACACGACGAUCGCUGUGAUAGGAAAUACCCUUUCAUAUGCAAGAAAGCCUUAGCCGAUCUCGAAUGGAACACAGACUGUGAUAUGCCUAACAAAGAUUACAUAUUUAACCAAACAUUGGGAAAAUGCUACAAAUUCCAUUUGACCCCGAAGAAUUGGACUGAUGCAAUCACUACUUGUAGUGCGGAGCAGUCGUACCUUGCCAUAAUUGAAAGUCAAGUGGAAGCUGACCAUCUGGUACAAAUGACGGCUGACGCGCCGAAGCAUAAGGUUCAUGGGGACUACUUGGCUGGUACUGUUCAUUUGGGCUUCCAUAACAAAGAUUCAGAUGGGUGGAAAACCAUUAAAGGGGUACCUCUCCACAACAGUGGUUACGCAAAAUGGGGCGGAGGUCAACCGGACAAUAGGGGAGGCACAGAAGUAUGCGGCAGCAUGUUCUACGAUGGCGGCCUCAACGAUAUGAGCUGCUACGUACGCUGCUUCUUUAUAUGUGAACACGACAUUGGCAUUUUCGCCGGCGCUUUUGACGAUCGAUUUAAUUAGUUAUUGCAAAAGCAACCCAGUUAGAUACGGAUUGUGUUCAAGAACGAUAUUUUGCCUUAACAUUCAUGUUAACUCAAUAUUACUACAAAAAGUCAAUCUGUCAACAAUUAUAAUCUCCAGAUCAACGACAAAAGUGUAUUACAAACUGUUAAAAUACAAUGUUAAAUAUUACGUAAUCGUGGUUAGAAAUAAAUAUAAAAGUGUAAAUUACUA